AGGAGGGGAGGCGGAUUAUCGCUGCGUCGGUGCCCGGUGUCCUCUUGGGACCGCAACGAACACAAGAGUGAUUGAGAGAAUAGUGCACAGGACAGAAGCUCAUUCGCAUCUGCUCGUCCUCCUCCGUCAGUGUCAGCAUCUUUCCAGGCUCUUCCUCCAACCAGAACCCAGCAGUCAGACAUGUCUCUGUCCGACUCGCAGACACCAGAGGACGGACUCCACGGCUCCUGGGUUGAGCUGGAGGAGCUGAUUGCAGCCGUUAGCCGCAGGGAGAGUCUGACAAGGCCGCAGGACAGCAUCUGCUCUGCCCUGCAGGGGGGGCUGGAGAGGAUCCUUUUGGAGGCACAGCUUGAGUGUGAGAGGAGUAGAGACAGUCCUCCACAGGUGGUAACCCCACAGUCCACUGGUUCCCCAAGACCUUUGAGUGAGCAGGACAGCGACUGUGUCACCAUUCAGGAGGAAGGUGAGCGGCGUGUGGACACCGAUUGGGUCUGGGAUUGGUCCAGUAGACCUGAAAAUAUGCCACCAAAAGAGUUUGUGUUUCAGCACCCAAAGCAGCAGGGUUCCCUCAGCAUCAGGAAGACAGAGGUGAUGAAGAAAAGAAUCUUCUCCUCUGAUGUUCUCCUUAUUCUUGUUCCUUCACUUCUGGCUUCACACCUGCUCACACUUGGAGUUGGGAUCUACAUAGGAAAGCACUUAGCUGCUUCCACAACUAGCACACUGUGACUUCGGCUGUUGGCCAGUUACCCCAUUCACUAUGAGUCUGGCCAGGAAGGUCACAGUCCGCCCUCUCUACAGCUCUAAUUUGCCUCCUUCCUUUUUCGUCAUGGGGCAGCCAUCUGUACCUCUGUCUCUGUUCAUCUGUAUGUCUGUCUACCCAGCAACAUUCUACAGUCUGUGCAUGACAUAGCGCCCGGGGAGUGGAUGAAUGCCAACCAAUGAGUCAGACUGAGGUCACUUUUAUUGUCCGGGAGAGUAACACUGAUCUCAACCAGCUAAAGCAUAAUCAGAAAGGAGAGAUUGCCCAGAUACGAGAGAAAGAAAGGAAAGGAAGAGUUUUACCUAGCUAGAACAAUAAAUCCAUUUGAUAAGAGGAGAUGAAAAUGGUUAGUUGGGAAAAGUGUGUGCAGACAAAAUGAGAAAGGUAGCAUGUGGUAGACCUUUUGCCCAACCCUUGAUAAAUGUCUGUCAUUUGUCAAAAGUAAUGACUCUUUGUAAGACUGAGCUGCUAAAUGUGGCUCUUGGGGGGUUUCUGCCCUCAAAAUCUAUCUAAUCUAAAGAGCUAUAGUUGGCUGAGUGAAUGUAGGAGUGACUGGUUGUGAUUUUUGUCCCAAUUAAAUAUUUGACCUCCAACAAAGACAAUCAUGAU